UUCACACCGGUACAGCUUACCGGUGAAGCGUUUUUUUGGUUGCGUAUUAUCUGAGAAUCAUUGUAGCGUUUUUAUUUCUGAGUGUAUAAACAUAAUUCUUACAUGAAAUUAAAGCCAAGAAUUUAAGCUUUCAACUAGUAUAAUAUGGUGUAUGUUUAAUAAAAAUAAGAAAUUUCACAGCGAGAUGAACUUGCACUUGACAAUUAAUUUUACGUCGAAAUUUACGGGGAUUUCCCGUUUUGUCAAUAUCGGAACUAAACUGUCGAAACUUCACUCUGUGAAAUAUUUCGGCUUUACAAAAUUACACGCUAAUAAAUUCGACAAUUUGCUUUACAACGAUGUAUAUUUUAUUUGGGGAAAACGCCAUUGAGUAUAUUUCUUUGUUCAUGUUAAUGCACUUGCUUACGAUUAAACCAAGAGAAAUGGGAGAAAUUUAAAAUUAUUACGAAAAAAAAAAACCAACAAUACUUAAACUAUGAAAAAGUGAUUAUACACAAAGAAAAUCUGGACUUUUAGGCUUCCAAAACUGAAAAGUUUAUUAAAAUCGGCUGGGGACUUCUAAAGUUACGAGUCUUUACUUUUUUAUGAUCGCCGUCAAAAACGAGUGAAAAAACUAUGGAGUUUUUUUUUUACGAUAGCCAAUCAUUUCUUUUAUGGGUCAUGUAUGCGCGCACCUGCUUUAUUCUAGUUUCUUUGGAGAGAAUAAUCAAUUAAAUCUUUGCUUCUUCAAAUUUCGUACAUAAUUUUAUUUUUAGCGGUCACCCGGAUACAUUCCGAUAUCGGGUAUUUUGUAAUUUGUGAUUUUACGGUUCAUGACCUCAGUGUUAAAAUCAAGGACAAAUGGAUACCGAUUUAAUUUCAUCAGACGAAGAGGAUUAUUUGGAUUUGUUGCUUCAGGAUGGAGACAUCGUUGAUGAUACUGAGUCAUACACAACAGAACCCGAAGUUUUUUCAUCACAAGACAGUUCUCAGAGUUUAUAUGGUGACACACUUGCCAAGAGUGUUUAUUGGAAAGAUGAAAACACCUUUGAUGAUUCAGCUCCAGACCCAAGAACAAAGGCAUUCAAACCAGAAAAACCUCCAGGUUUUCAGUUUGCUAACUUCACUAGGAAACAGCUACAAGGACUUAAAUCACCAGCAGAUUUCUUCAAACUCUUUUGUACAGUGGAACUUCUUACUCAGAUUUGUAUAGCCACGAAUAACCAGGCAAGAACUCUAAUUAGUGCAGGAAUGUGCACUUCAUACACAUCUGAUGGAGCUUGGGAAUUACUUACAGUAAAUGAGUUACUACGAUUUGUUGGUAUUGUUAUCUACAUGUCAGUUGUAAAACUGUCCACAGUUGAUAAAUAUUGGUCAACUGAUGUGUUAUACAAGAGCUGUCCAAUAAGAGAUGUUAUGUCAAAGAAAAGAUUCCUUGCAAUACUAUCAUUUAUUCAAGUGACGUCUCCAGCUGAAGUUGAUAAAGGUGACAAGUUAACAAGAAUGAGGUAUUUGCUGGACCAUGUAAAGGAAAUAUCACAAAGUUUAUAUUUUCCACACAAAGAUAUUUCUGCUGAUGAAAGGAUGGUUGCUUCUAAACAUAAAUAUUCUGGCAUUCGGCAGUUUAUCAAAGACAAACCAAUAAGAUUUGGAAUAAAAUUGUGGGUUCUGGCAUGUUCUGUUACUGGGUACACAUGGAAUUUCUUUGUGUACUUGGGUAAGAAGAGAACAAACAUAGUUGACAAAUCAAAGGGCUUAGCAUACACAGUUGUUACCACUUUGUGUGAAAAAUUAUAUGGACAAGGAUUUAGGCUAUAUGUUGAUUCUUUCUACACAACAUUACAUUUAGCAAAUGACUUACUUACAAACAAAGUUUAUUUAAUGGGAGCUGUCAGAUCUAAUAGCACAGCAAUGCCUUUAGUUUUCAAACAAAGUGUAGACUGGAGUAAACUUGUGUCCAGAGGCGAUUUUAGAUGGCAUAGAGAAGGUUCAUUUGUUUUUAUACAAUGGAAGGAUUGUAAGACAGUUACACUUAUGUCCCCUUUGCACAAAGGUUCUGAUGUAACGUCCUGUUAUAGAACUAUUUCCAACCGUAGUGCAUGGAAAAGGCAGAACAUAAAACAACCACUAGUAAUUCAUGAUUACAAUGUCAAUAUGGGUGGAGUAGACUUGUCUAACCAAUAUUUAAAUAAGUAUUCAUCGUAUAUCAGAACCCAAAGCCACUGGUGGAAAGUAUUAUUUUUUCACUGUUUUGACAUUAUGGUAGUAAACUCCUAUAUAGUUUUUCAGGAGUUUAUAGGAAAGUAUCCUGCCCAAUUUGAAAACACAACAUUUGAUUCUAGGUUUGGUCAACUAGAGUUCAGAGAGUCGAUAGCAUCUGAGCUUAUGAAUAUCGGGAGAUCUUCUGUUGAAAACAUUGUCACCAAACAUAUGCCAUCUUUCCUUAGUAACAGAAAGGAUUGUGUUUACUGUAAUGCAAAAGCCAGUAUGGAUGGUUUACCGUCACCAAGCCACAAAGUGUUUUCAUUUUGUAAUACUUGUCAUGUCCCACUUUGUUGCUCAGCAACAAGAAACUGUUUUUACCAGUGGCAUACAGAAGUAAAUGUUCAACAAUAUGUCUCUCAAAAUGGAAAAUUCAAAAAGAGAAAACUUGAAACUUGAUGCCAGUAAUUUGGAUACUGUGCAUGUGGUCGUUUUAUCCAUUUGUGACUAACCAGUUCUUAAUUGAUACAUUUUUUUCAUUUGUUAAUUUAUAAAUGUAUAUGAAUUAAAGCAACUUUCUUGUCCACUGGCAAGUGUUGAUUAUCAAUAUAAGUAGUACUCAAGUUGACAUCAACAGUUAUUUUCAUAAAGUUGUUCACCUUGGAAAUAACCUUCAGUUAUCGAAAUUUGAGAUUUACAUCAUUUUAAGAAGACUGUUGCCAUAGCAACUAGU